AAAAAAUUUUUGUAAUCAGGCACCAUGGAUGUCAACCUACAGUCUCACCGAUUCUACUUCCCCCAGAUCUACUGUGCAGAACCGGGGGCUCAACCGCAGCUCACAGAGUUCAAAGUCAGCGAGCAGAGUAUCUGCCAGGCGCGGGCCUCAGUCAUGGUCUACGAUGACACCAGUAAAAAGUGGGUGCCGAUCAAACCCGGACAGCAGGGAUUCAGCCGCAUCAACAUCUACCACAACACUGCCAACAACACCUUCAGAGUGGUGGGCGUCAAACUGCAGGACCAGCAGGUGGUUAUCAACUACUCCAUAGUGAAGGGUCUCAAGUAUAACCAGGCCACCCCGACCUUCCACCAAUGGCGGGAUGCUAGACAGGUCUACGGCCUCAACUUUGCCAGCAAGGAGGAAGCCACCACGUUCUCUAAUGCCAUGCUCUUUGCCCUCAACGUCCUCAGCGCUCAGGAUGGAGGUCCAGCUGUUCAGCGCCAACUCCAGAACGGACCAACCUCAGAAGAGAUGGAUGCUCAGAGAGCCAGGCAGAUGAUGGAGCAGCAGAUGCAGGCGCACAUCGAGCGGGAGCGACGCUCCUCCAAUUCAGGUUCUUCUUUCCAAAGCCACCCAGCUGUGCUCUCUGUAGCUCCUCCAGUAGUGCCUCCACCAAUCAGCACGGGUGGCGGCCCUCCUCCCCCUCCACCGCCACCCGGACCUCCGCCGCCUUCGGGAGGCACGCCGCAACCUCCUCUCCCUCCUCCACUCCCGUUAGGCGGAGGUGGCCACGCGGACGACCACCCCGCCCCGAGCGGACUUGCCGCCAUGCUCGCCGGAGCCAAACUGCGCCGUGUUCAAAGACCUGAGGACAGCUCUUCAGGUGCCAAAAACGAUGCCAACCGAACGAGUGGAGGGAGCGGCGGGUUGAUGGAGGAGAUGAAUGCUCUGUUGGCGCGAAGAAGGAAAGCGGCUUCAGAGAAGCCCGACGACGGCCAAAAUGAUGAUCCAAAUUCUCCCUCACCCAGCACUCGAGGUGGACAGAACGCAGACGGUGCAAAGAAACCGUGGGAGCGAGCGAACUCUGCAGACAGGUCAAUGGGUUCAAGGCUACGACCAGCAGCGGGCGGCAGUGACACAGACUCGUUAGAACUCGAUAGAAUGAAACAGGAAAUUUUGGAAGACGUUUUCCGUGAAUUGCACAAAGUAAAGGAUGAAAUCAUUGAUGCCAUUAGACAUGAACUCAGUCGAAUUAGCACGACAUAAUCCUGGAGAGCCGCUCCCUGCCCCGUCAGACAUCUUUUCCCAACCGUCGCCCGCCUGCAGCAGCUGCCGAGGAAGAGAAGUGAGGAAAAGAAGGAGGCCCAAACUGUGACGUCGACGCUUUCUGUUGAAGCAAUGCAGCAACGUUGCUGUAACACUUAAAUGUCUGCGUAACAUUUGGUUUUGUUAGGAGACGUAAACGGGGCACACUCUUUUUAUUUAAAUGUGUUUUUGUCUGUCCGCCCAGUUUGCCCUCUGUUCACCGCCUAAAGGAAAAGACAAAAAAUUUUUUAUUUUUUUUUAUGUUUAUUUUUUAUUACCGUCAGGUUUAUGAUUGUCAGUUUCAUGUUGAUGGGCAGUUGUUAUUCUGUGAAUUUAUUGGUUAUAAUGAGGAACUGACAAUCAGAAUAUGAUGGUAAUGAUAAUUUAUUGCACAUUAUUUUAUGUCCGACUUUUCUAUAAUUUAUAUGUUGUUUUUAUGUGGUUGUGUUUCACAUGCACCUGCAAGCACAUGCAAAAUUAUUUCUCAUUGUGUCACUUGGAGCAUUUUUGAAGUUUUUUUUUUAAUCCUUUUAGCCAAAUGAGAUGUAAUGUUUUUGCAAUCUCAUGAAGAAAAAAAAAUUUAAAAUACACUAUUUGUGCCCAUGUUGUUUAUCAAAUGUUUAUCAGCUGCAAGGAUGUCGGGAAAGUACCAUUUUCUCUUCCUUUUUCAACAAAGUGCUUCCUGGUUUGUCAGAACAAAAAAACAAACUUUAACACAAAUUCAAAUAAAACUGUGAACAAUGUGUUGGAUAAA